UUCAGUAGUAGUAGUAGUAGUAGUAAUAGCAGCAGUAGUAGUAGUAGUAAUAGUAGUAAUAGUAGUAGUUUCAGUAGUAGUAGUAGUAGUAAUAGUAGUAGUGCUAGUAGUAGUAGUAAUAGUAAUAGUAGUAGCAGUACUAUUAGUAUUAGUAGUUUCAGUAGUAGUAACAAUAGUAGUAGUAAUAGUAAUAGCAGUAGUAUUAGUAGUUUUAACCGAAGUAGUAGCAAUAGUAGUAGUAGAAGUAGUAGCAGCAGUGAUAGUAAUAGUAGUAGUAGUAGUAAAAGUAGUAGUGCUAGUAGUAGUAGUAGUAGUAAUAGCAGCAGUAGUAGUAGUAAUAGUAGUUUCAGUGGUAGUAACAAUAGUAGUAGUAAUAGUAAUAGCAGUAGUAGUAGUAGUUUCAGUAGUUUUAACAAUAGUAGUAGCAAUAGUAGUAGUAGAAGUAGUAGCAGCAGUGAUAGUAAUAGUAGUAAUAAUAUUAGCAGCAGUAAUAGUACUAGUAUUAUUAGUAGUAAUAGUAGUCAUAAUAGUAGUAGUAGUAAUAGUAGUAGCAGCAGUAAUAGUAGUUGUAAUAGUAGUAGUAGUAAUAGUAGCAGUAAUAGUAAUAGUAGCAGUAAUAGUAAUAGUAGUAGUAGUAGUAUUAGC